GGGGGUGGCCCGAGCGUCGCGUCGCCCGCUCCCCCCCACCCCCAAUCUAAGACCGCGCCUCCCAAGCGGCCGUCGCCGGUGGGGACGAAGGGGCGCGUCUCCCCGGAGCCCGCUUCGCCCCGCGGGGAAGGAGGGCGGGGAGCGGCGCCGGCGGGGCGCGCGGGUGCCCUCAGGCUUGGCGGCGCCCCGGGCGGGUGUUGGUGACUUCAGAGUAAUUUUAGGGAUGUAGUUCUGAGGAAGCAGACACACGAGGACGGAGUCUGUUUUAUAUAGAAUCCUACAGCUUUUCGCCAGUGCUUUUUUCCCCCCUUUCCAUCCCUGCUCCCGCACAGGGGAGGACAAUUUGGGAUUACUUUAACAGUCAUUUACUUCCCCCUCUCCCCCCUCAGAAAUUCCUCCUGAUCCCCGAGGCAGCUGCUAGGUAUUGCCUAUUAAAGGACCAGGGGAACGUUGUCAUCAUUAUCCCUUGCUUGCUUUCGGAGCUUCGGCAGUACCCUUUCCUCCUUUGGAGUGGAGUGGAGUGCAGUGCAGAGAGGCGUCGAGAAGACUUCGUUGCCACCCUUGUUGGUUAGCAGAGGAUCCAGGAGAAGGGGUGCCCAGCGAGCCACGUGAUCUCGUCCAGGGAGCCAGAACUGAAGCAGUACUCGGCGCUCUGAAGGGAGCAUCUCGGUAGCUUUCUUCGUUUUCCCCUCCUUCCCCACCAAAUUUUUGAAGUUCCAUUGAAAGGAAACCUUGAAGGUUGCAAGACAAGUCCAAGAUGUGCAGUUCAGUUGCUCCUAGGCUGUGGUUCUUAACAGACCGUCGCAUCAGAGAAGAUUACCCUCAGCAGGAGAUCCUGAGAGCACUGAAGGCCAAGUGCUGUGAAGAGGAGCUAGAUUUCCGGGCAUUGGUGAUGGAUGAAGUGGUGCUGACCAUUGAGGAUGGAAAUCUUGGUCUCCGAGUGAAUGGGGAGCUAAUUACUGCUUACCCGCAAGUGGUGGUUGUGCGUGUACCAACACCGUGGGUGCAGAGUGACAGUGAUAUCACAGUCCUUCGUCACCUAGAGAAGAUGGGCUGUCGACUGAUGAAUCGUCCCCAAGCCAUCCUCAACUGUGUCAACAAGUUCUGGACGUUCCAAGAACUUGCUGGUCAUGGUGUGCCUCUUCCAGACACUUUUUCAUAUGGUGGUCAUGAGAAUUUUGCCAAAAUGAUUGAUGAGGCGGAAGUGCUGGAGUUCCCUAUGGUGGUGAAGAACACGCGGGGUCACCGAGGUAAAGCUGUGUUCCUGGCACGAGACAAGCACCAUUUGGCAGACCUAAGCCAUUUGAUUCGUCACGAUGCCCCUUACUUAUUUCAAAAAUACGUUAAAGAGUCCCAUGGCAAAGAUGUACGUGUCAUCGUAGUAGGAGGCCGUGUGGUGGGCACCAUGCUCCGCUGCUCAACAGAUGGGAGGAUGCAGAGUAACUGCUCACUUGGUGGCAUAGGGAUGAUGUGCUCACUGAGUGAACAAGGCAAGCAGUUGGCAGUCCAAGUGUCAAACAUCCUGGGGAUGGACGUGUGCGGCAUUGACCUGCUGAUGAAGGACGACGGUUCAUUCUACGUCUGCGAGGCCAAUGCAAAUGUAGGUUUUAUUGCCUUUGACAAGGCUUGUAAUCUAGAUGUAGCUGGUAUCAUAGCGGACUAUGCCGCUUCUCUCCUUACCCCCGGUCGCUUGACGCGACGCAUGUCCUUGCUCUCUGUGGUGUCCACGGCCAGCGAGACUAGCGAGCCAGAGCUGGGCCCUCCAGCUAGUGCCGCUGUCGACAAUAUGAGUGCUAGCUCCAGCUCUGUCGACAGCGACCCUGAGACCACGGAGAGAGAGUUGCUCACCAAGCUCCCGGGGGCUCUAUUUAACAUGAACCAGCUAUUAGCCAAUGAGAUCAAACUUCUUGUGGAGUGAUGCCGCAUGUAAAUAGGUGACCAACAGAACUCUCUCCUGUGAAUUUUUUUUAAACCAACUUGCAAUGCUGUUUAUCAGAGGAGCUCAUAGGAAUGAGGGAAGAGAGGGGUGUCGAUCAAGAGAGUAAGAGUGAAAGGCACGUGUGCUGUGCUUGCUGCCCCUACUUCUUUGCAGAACAUAAAAUAGUGUUCAUUCUUCAGCAUUGGUUUUCUAAUGAAGUUGCUCACUUCACAGCCUAGGUGGGAAUUUUAUUUGGAUGCUGCUUUGGUCCCCAGUUCAUGUGUAUUCAUAGGCAAGCAUGAUUCACACUUGAAGAUCUUCAGAAAGCUGUCUGGCAGCUCUCUAGAAACUUCUGUGAAUUACUGCACCGGUUAAGUCUCUUCUACCUCUGUAAGGCACGAUCCUGUGAAUUGCUCAGUGCCUCAAAUUCUCAAUGUGAGUUAAAGGUGUUAACCAAAAAAUAUUGCAAGGUUCCUGGACACAUGCUGUUCCUGCUCUUGUAGAUUGGAGCUAUAAGCUCAGGAUCCUUUUAAAGUCAUCACUUUCUGACCUUGCAGUAUAUGGCCUUUCAAAUGAUGAGGCGGGGAGAAGUGUCAGUUGACUUAACUUGAACUUUCUGUACAAAUCUGUAAGUUGGGCAAUCUUGAUAUUCGCUAGGAACCUCGUGUCUGUAUUUCUUUAUAAAGCAUUUGAAGGAGGAUUUUAGUACUUGCAUUUUUCUCAUUUCAAAUCCUGAUUUUGGAAGAUGUGUAGGGGAAUUGGUCGUUCUGUUUGGGGUAGAAGUGGCACGUUUUAACUAUUUUUUGCAUGAUUGGAGGAGAUAAACAGCACUGUAAUGUUUGGUAUACAAAAUGAUGUUUAAUCCAAUGUGAAAAGAAUUACACUAGUUUAAAGCAAACGUGCAUUGACUUGUAUUUGUUAGUGUUUUAGUCUUUUUGAGAGAGAUCUGAAAUGUUAAUGUUCAUUUUUCUUUAAUACAUGCUAGUCCAACACUUCCUUCUCUAUGCCUGCAUCUUUGACAGUGGCCAAAGUGAAAACACUGCAGAGUAUUUGUUAAGAAAACACUGAGUUAAAGCCUGUACAUUGGUGGGGUGGGUUUUCUUACUUUUAUUUUUUACUUUUUUUUGGGGUGGGUGAAAAUGUGGUAAGGUGUGGAGGAGGGAAAAAUUGGUUAAAAGUGGUUAGACAUCUAAAGGUGCUUUAGAAUAAAGCUGCAGUUCAUACAAUACUUACCAGGCUUACUUUUUCCCCACUGAAUAUGAAAGCUGGUGUUCGCAGAAAUCCAAAGAGUAUAACUGGGGAGAAAUACUCAAUUCUUAGCUUUGGGAAACAUGCAGCAGAUUUAAAAUAGAAAAAUUUUACAAAAAAAAAGAAAAGAGAAAGGGGAAAAAAAAAAAGAAAAAAGAGAGCUCAGCCAGAAUUAAAAAAAAAAAAAUGUAUAUAUAACCUAGGUCCACAAACAAUUAGCAGAUUGAUCCUGGACCAUUAAGUGUGUGUGAUGUGAGUGCACACACUUGUAUGUGUUUCUGUGUAUGCAUUUGCUUUGCUUUAUUUCUUUUUAGAUUUUGGCUGCUUAGCUCAUAAUUUUUUUCCAGGCUGCCUGAUUUUCUUUAGUCCUUCAGGCUGUGCAUUUUCUCAUUAGCCUUGGGCUGUUUUGGAAAACAGAUGACCAAAACAGAUACCGAAUCUCAUUUUUCUGUUCCUGUCUUCUGCCUCUUUUUCUUCUUCCUUUUCCUUCUCCCUUUUCAUUCUUUUCUCAUUCUCCGGGUUCAUAAAGGCCCAGGACUAUAUGUGUAUAUAUAUAUGUAUAUGUAUGUGUGUGCGUGUGUGUGUACAUACAUAUGCACGCACACACGUAUAUAACUAAGCCUCUUUUUUUAAACAAAAAGCAAAACGUUUACAGUUGAAUAAUAGUCUUGUCAAAAUAGGGUUUGUUUGGAGGGGGGUUGUGUGUGUGUGCAAUGCUGCUGUUUUCUGAAUACUUUAAUGGAGCAUGUCCCAUGUACCCUCUGAGGCUCUGCACUGCCCACUUCUGUGGCCCUUCCUCACCUCUCUGCUGCUCUGCUGUUUUAUCUUCACUUGGACCUUAUACACAACUCAUGGACACUAUGCAGAGAGUCUUCAAGAGGCAAUAAACAGAACAGUAUUAACCUGCUUUAUGGAGGUUUGAUCAUGCUUCUUUGUACAGUUUGUUUUUUUUUUUUAAUUUUAAAAGGAAUGUAAUAAAAUGUUUUUUUUUGGUAGAAUUAAAUAUUAUUAUUACAAUCAAGUGAAAGGUUGACUGUUGGUGUUAAGCAGGAGAGCGGACCAGCUGGUCCAGCAACUAAAGGAGAUUCAGCGGUAAAGGUAUUUUCAAAACUUCCUUCCGGAACUUUCAAGUGCACAGAGUUAUACCUGAAGAAUAUUAAGGUCUCUAACUGCCGUGAAGAGUCGCAGAGCUACAAAACAUGAAAGAAAUCUAAUUUUCUAGUCACUAAGCAGUAAACUGUCUUUUCCAUAGGCUCUUCUCCCCUUGCUUGUUUAACUAAGGGGAAUUUGGGUGGUGGUGGGGUUUUUUCCCCCCCUUUUUGUUUUCCUUUUCCUUAUUAUUUUUACUGGUAGGUGCCAGCAGUCCUUGAGAGGUUGAUCGGUCAAUCCCUCUCUUCUCAGCUGUGGCACACGUUGGGGAAUAACAGCAGGGAGUAAGCGUGUUAGUUGAUAUAAUGGGAUCUCUGUAUUUCUGUCACAGGAGACAUCUAUUAGAGGAAAGGGCUGGUCACUGAGCAUUCUGGACUGUUUUUUGAGUCUCCAUAGUAUUUUAUGGCUUACAGGAACCUUACAUUUCUGUCACUCAGAAUAUCCAGGUUACAUUCUACAGCAGUAAAAUUUGUGAAAUAAACAUAAGAUAUUUUGAAAGAGAAACAACAGAUAGAGAGAUUCAGAGUUUGGCUCCCAUAGGAUAAGAUGCUCCUCUGUGGUUGGUGCUUCCACUGCUAGUCUGGAGAUAAGUCUGUGCAUAGUGGUCAGGGAAGGAGACAGGAUUUGAAACAUCAUGUACGUUGGUUUGGACAUUGGCAGUUGAUACUGCAUGACAACCUUGUGUGAGGGUUCAUUUGUAAAAAUGGGCACACUUGUCUCGUAUGCACUCCCUGCUUAUCCAUUGCUUCUAAAAUAGUGAAAUAUAUAGGAAUGGGAUGGGGUUGUGAGCGUGAUGUCCUGUUUUUACUUACACCAACAAAUCUACCCUCUGGUAAUCAGGCAGUGCUUGCCAUUGAAGGUUAACUUUGCAGAUACCAGCAUCAUACAGUGUUUCUCGUUCUGUUCCAUGUGCUGAAAAACACAUGCUAAACUUUCAUACAGUUGCACUAACACUGCUUCCGUAUGUGGGUUUGGAAGCACGUGCUGAAAAAAAGGUCAGCGUAGUGCAUUAGUGCUAAUACAGUUGAUGGUGAUAGAACUAUUUUUAUAUGUUUUGAUGUUUGAGAGAGCCAGUUAGAAAAUCUUGUUUGCAACAAGUAAGUUUCUUAAAUUACAUGUGAUGGGAUUUUAUUCUUUGUAACACUGUAGAUUUUUUUUCUGUUCAAUUUAAAAUGUUUAUAUUGAUGUUUUGCUAUGUUACUGUACGUAUUGUAUCCUAAGCCUUGUAUUUAAUGCUUUAAUGUGUUUUAUAAAAUCUUUUCUUGAAAUGUUACCUCAUCUGUAACAUAAUGUAAAUGCUUGACAUGUGUGGACUGUUAAUGGUUUUGUUCUGAGCUGAUGGUCACUCCUGGAGCAGCUAUCUUUCGUGCGUGAUACUUACUCAGGAAAUAGCCUCUGGAACAUCUGUGUAUGUCAGACUCAAAGGAGAUGCUUCUUCAGAUGUUAUACUGGACUUCAAAAUCCAACAAGUGAAACCAGUGACGUUUGCUAAAUCUUUUAUCCCCCUUAUUGCAAAAAUCUGUCAGUUAAAUACAUAAGGGACCUUAAGGGCGUAGAGAGACUUGGAAAACAAAUCACAUGUGCAGUAUCUUUCUCAUGGCUCACUCUUUCUGAGAAGGUUUAUGGGCUUUAUGGCUGGUGUGAGACACACGACCCACUCCUGUUCUCUAUGGAAUAGUAGGUGCUCGGACAGGUAACUUCUGUUGCUACUGUCUUUUUUAAUUUUUAAUUUUUUCACUGUUCUAGGAAUUGUUUUAAACUGAACACUGCAGGAUUUAUGACCAGAUGUUUGCUGCCUUUUCCUUUAUUUUAUUUCUUUACGUCUUUCUUAACCUUUGAGGAUGACUUUUGGAGCAUUCUGAUGGUGGAUUUUGGCCUGCUGUUGGAAGUCUCCAAACCUCUUGUAUUUCCAAUUUGAGUUGAAAAUUUUCCGUUUUGUUUAUUUGUUUAAACUGAUGACACAAAUUAGAUGCACGGAUUGUGGGUGGGAUUUGUUGUUGCUCUAUUUUGUGUGACUUAUUCUCCCUUUUUUUACAGAAAUGUGUUCUAACAGUUCACACUUUGUUACUGUUCUUUGCAAAACUUUUCAGGAGCCAAAAAAGUCAAACAAUCCAGAGAAAACCUUCCCUUCUCCCCUUUCCGAUGGCAAGAGUGAGAACUUAUGAAAAAUCAUUGAGAAUGUUCCUUCCUAAACUUUUCCCCCCAGUAAUGCAAGUGGGUAAAAUGGUAAAUGAAGCAGUUUGACAUCCCAAACCGACCUGUUGUCAGGUAAAUUGACUCUUUUCUGCUCUUAUGCUAACCUUCAUAAGUUUGCUAACUUGUCUGCCUUCCUUUCUCCCCGUCAGUUCAUGUUGGUGAAACUUCUUGAAUGAUCUCUUUAACAGUGAUAUUUAGAAAAAAUCUUACUUUUCUUCUUUAUUUCCCCUCCUUGUACAUGUUGACUCUUAAGAAAACUGUCAUUCUCCUUUGCUUUACUCAGGUGAGGAAAAAAGUGAAUCCCCUCAUGUAAGUAUAUGAGGGAUAGUUUUGUAAUACAUUAAUUCCACCUCUUUAUCACACUUCAAGGUAGUUUGUGUUCAAAAUGUACUGUUUUAGUGUAGGUUGUUGAAAGAUGUGAUGCUCUCCGUUUGCCAAGUGAAUGUAACUUUAUCAAUUAGGGAUGGAUAGGUAUGACAACUAUUACUAAGAACAUUAACUAUUAAAAUUCAAUAGAACGGGAUCCUAUGAAGAGGACAGAUGGGAGAAUGUGUGUUAAAGAAAAAGACUGUGGGGAUGGUGAUUUAUGUUUGUGAAGGAUGGUGUGGUGUCUUUUAUGUUGCCCUUACUGCUCUUUUACGCUUUAUCCUUCUCUGGUAACUUCCUUCCUUAAUUUCAAACAACGUAAAAGUGCUGGGAACUUAAUAUUUUUGUACUUCAUCUAAGGAGGAUAAUCUGUAUUUUACUCACAGAGAUAAAUAGCAGACAAUUGGAAUACCAUUCAAAGUGAAAGAAUGUGGGCCUUCAAAUAGGCUUCCAAGUUUCCUUGCAGUAUUUUAUUCCCAUGGCAUCUGUAAAGAAUUAGCACUUGUUUCAGACUUUUUUCUGUGUAUGUUAAUAACUCUUCUAUAUCAUCAUAAAAUAGUUGCAACUUUUCAUAUUUUUCAAUUUAUAUUUUCCUGAAACACAGCAAAUUUAUCAGCAAUACAAUAAACUGAACCUUCAAAAUAAGGUGGGAGGCAAUAAUUCUAGCGCUAAAUUUUGCUCUCAGUUACGCUGAGAUAAAUUUGGAAUCACUCUGUGAAACUCAGUAGAGUGAUAUCCAAUUUCACUGGUAUAACUGAGUGUAUAAAUAUAUAUAAUUUUUAAUUUUACUUGCAAGAUAACUUUGCAGAUUUGUUAUACUUAUGUUUCCAAUGCUUUUCCCUUUCAGACACACCCACUUCUUGCGUCUCAGCACUGGGCAGGCCUAUUCCUUUAUUUGUGUAUAUUUUUGUGCAUCAGCUGCUAUAGGACACGGGUGUAACACUUUCAGGCAUGUGGUUGGGUGUCUUUAUGGGGAAGACAGUUGUGGGUUUGUAAUAAUGUCUAAGAGAGAGAGUUUAUUUUCCUCAAAUUUGUUGGACAACUUCACGUUGGCUCACAGUUUUGCCUCUCUAACCUGAUUUUAUAUGUAUUACGCAAAGGUCUUGAAAGAAAGACAGUACUAGUUCUUUGCAGUGUCUGCAAAUGAUCUUUGUUGGGGAGAACUGAUCAAAAUUUACUGCAUUCUGCAGAAGCCUUAAUAUUUAAUGUUGCUUGAAAGGCAGUUUUACAGAUCAUGCUCCAUUAUGGAAUGGCUUUCAGAGCCUCGAUAUUGAUCUUGGUUGUGCCCAGUGCUUUGCCUAGUGUAUGGGGAAAUGUAGAACUUGAAUAAGCCAUGACAUCUUAGACAAAGGAUGGUGGUUAUGUGCGUGCUGAACAAGAACUUCUUCUGUAUGCCCUUCUGCUGCAACAGAGUAAUAAAACUGGUAGGUGGCAGCAGUAGCAGAAGAAACUCAUGUGGCUGUGACCUGAGAAACCUCCAGUACUGGGAGAAUUGGAUUGCAAAAUAUUAACUGAAGUAAGGGGGACGGAGGAGAGAGGCAGAGUCCCUGAACUGUCCCUUUGAACGGUAAGUCAAAUUUACCAAAUUCUAACCAUCAAAAGACUAGCUGUAGUACAGUAGACAUAUUCAUCUGUCUGAUUUGGUGUUUGGUUAUCUGAUGUCCUAAUUAUGGUCUUUGAUUCAACUUUCCCGUUUCCCACUCCCUCUAUAGGGCACAAUGUAUGCUUUAAAAAAGUUAAACUUUACAAAAAUGGCCACAUCUUAAGACUACUGGAUAAUAGGAGUUCAUUUAGUCUAUCCAUUUCUCUGCCCCGCAGGAAGAUCAGUCAUAGUCAUGCCAUUGAUGACAUAUUUGUUUUAAUGUGGUUUAAAAACCAAGGGAUAAAUGAGGAAGAUACUGUAGUCUUUACCUAUGGAAUUUUAUUUCAUGGUAGGCAGGAGCAGGUGGCAGACCUGCCUGCAAAAGGUGGGCCUAUGUGGUGGAUGUCCUGCAGCAGGUGGCUGAGCUGCAGGAGGAGACAGCCAGAAGGCUGCCUAGCAUCAAGGAGACUGAGAUGGAGCUAAAUAGCUGGCUGCAAGCACAGUCUGCACUGGACCCACAGCCCACCGCCAGUCAGCCAGUAACUCCACUGCCAGUGCACACAGAGGGAGGGGGGACGAUAAUGAAGAAUGAUGGAGGCUUGCAAUGGCAAGGACCAGAAGUAGGAUAAGGCUUCCCCGAAGCCUGAGGUGCCCUUGCAGAAUCCCUCCAUCGCUUUCCAGACUGAAGAGGAAGCACCUGUCACAUCAGGAGAGACGCUGGAGCCAAGGAAGGCAGCCCAGUCUGCUGCCUGGAUAACAACUAGUGCAACUAAGAAAAGUCAAUGGAUGAUAGUAAUAGGAGACUUUUCUGAGAGGUGUGGAGGCACCCAUUUGCCAACCUGACACGCUCUCCCGAGAACUGUGCUGCUUACCAGGGGCUCCUAUUAGGGAUGUCAUGAAGAGGUUACCAGUGAUAUAGCCAGGAGCAGUCUGAGGGAUAUCAAGAAGUAUUACAGAGCCCUAGGAGCUGUGCUAAGGGACUCUGGAGCUCAGGUAGUUUUUUCAUCAAUACUCCUGGUCAAAGGGAUGGGAUUUGAACAGGCCAGUGGAGACGGGCAAAUCAACAAAUGGUUGCAGGACUGCUGUCCAACCAUGGGACUUAUUUUGGGAAACCCGUUCUACUGGGGACUGAUGGGGUGCAUCUGUCAGAGAAGGGGAAGAGCAUCCUUGGUCAUAGGCUUGUCAGCCUGGUGAAAAUUUUUAAGCUAGAAUUGCUGGGGGUGGGCAACCUCAGUCCCUCCCACUCCAACCAGUUUGAUGCCAGUGCCAGCAAUAGAUGCCCAGAACCUGAAGAAGGAUUGCAGAUCAGCAGGAGCGCACCUGAAGAACCUCACAAAGGUUAUGCAGCCAGUAAGUCAGCUUCAUCAGGGGCCCAACUUAAGUGCCUCUAUGGAAACAUAUGUAAAAAAUGAGGCAUUAGAGAUGUGCAUGUGCCUGCAAGACUACGAUCUCAUUAGUGUCACGGAGACAUGGUAGGAUGGAUCCUGUGAUUGGAAUAUUGGGAUGGAGGAAUACAGGCUUUUUAGGAAGGGCAGUCAAGGGAGACAAGGUGGGGCUGUUGUUCUCUGUCAAUGACCAGCUGGCAUGCAUGGAACUCCACCUGGGGAUGGAUGGGGAGUGGACUGAGAGCCUAUGCGUCAGGCUUAAAGGGGAGGGCAGGGUCUGGUGAUAUUAUAGUGGGGGUCUGCUACAGAGUGAGCGGAUGAGGCCUUCUGUAGACAGGUAGGUGUAGCAUCGUGUUUGGAAGCCCUGGUCCUCAUGGGGGACUUGAGCCAUCCAGAUAUCUUUUGGAGGGACAACACAGAAGGACAAGCAAUCCAAGAGAUUCUUUUAAUACAUUUAUGAUGAUUUCCUUCUCCAAGUGGUAGAAGAGCCAACUAGGGGAGGUGCUGUGCUGGACCUUGUUCUCACUAAUGGAGAAUGUGAAGCUUAAGGGCAGCUUUGGCUGCAGUGAGCAUGGAGUGGAGUCCAAGAUCCUUAGCGCAGUGAGGAGUGUGUACAGCAAACUUGCUACCGUGGGUGUCAGGAGAGCAGAUUUUGGCCUCUUCAGAGAUCUGCUUGGUAGAGUACCAUGUGGUAAAGCGCUGGAAGGGAGAGGUAUGCAAGAAAUCUGGUUAAUACUCAAGUAUCAUCUCCUUCAAGCUCAGGAGUGAUUCAUCCCAACAAAGACGAAGUCGAGCGAAGAGGCCAGGAGGCCUGCAUGGUUGAAAAAGGAACUCCUGGACAAACUGAAAUACAAAAAGGAAGCCUACAGAGGGUGGAAGCGAGAGCAAGUAGCCCAGGAGUAAUAUAGACAAAUUGUCUGAGCAGCCAGGGAUUAGGAAGGCUAAAACCCUGAGAGAACUAAAUCUGGCCAGGGACGUCGAGGACAAGAAAACCUUCUGUAAGUGCAUAUAGACUUAUGGAAACAUAUAGACUAGGGAAAAUGCAGACCUUCUCUGGAAGGAAAAAGGAGACUUGGUUACUCGGGAUAUGGAGAAGGCUGAGGUGCUCAAUGACUUUUUUGCCUCAGUCUUCACCAGCAAGGGCUCAAGCCGCACUGCCCAAGCCGCAGAAGUGAAAGGCAGGGGCUGGGGGAGAUCAAAAAGCUGUCCACUGUAGGAGAUGAUCAGGUGUGAGAUCAUCUAAGGAAUCUGAAGCUGCACAAAUGCAUGGGACACAAGGAUAUGCAGCCGUGGGUCCUGAGGGAAUUGGCGGAUGAAGUUGCUAAGCCAUUACUGAUCAUAUUUGAGUAGUUGUGCCAGUCUAGUGAAGUUCCACUGACUGGAAAAGGGAAAAUGUAUCUCCCAUUUUUUAAAUGGAAAAAGGAAGACCCAGGGACCUACAGGUCGACCAGUCUCACCUCUGUGCCUAGCAAAAUCAUGGAGCAGAUCCUCCUGGAAACUGCUGAGGCACAUGAAAAAUGUGGAGCUGACUAGUGACAGCCAACAUGGCUUUACUAAGGGCAAAUCAUGCCUGACAAAUUUGGUGGCCUUCUACAAUGGGGACUACAGCAUUGGUGGAUAAGGGAAGAGUAACUGAUGUCAUCUAAUUGGACUUGUGCAAAGCAUUGGACACUAUCCCACGUGACAUUCUUGUCUCUAAAUUUGAGAGACACGGAUUUGACAAAUGGGCCAUUCGUGUAUAAGGAAUUGGCUGAUUGUUGCACUCAGGGUGGUGUGAGCAACAGCUCAGUGUCCAAGUGGAAACCGGUGAUGAGUGGUGUUCUGCAGGGGUUGGUGUUGAGACUAGUAUUUAAUAUCUUUGUCAGAGACAUGGACAGUGGGAUUAAGAGCACCCUCAGCAAGCUUGCCAAUGACACCAAGGUGUGCAGCAUGGUUAAUUCUCUGGAGGGAAAGAAUGCCAUCGAAAGGAACCUAGACAGGUUUGAGAAGUGGGGCUGUGCAAACCUCAUGAAGUUCAGUAAGGCCAAGUGCAAGAUUCUGCACCUGGAUCUAAGAAAUGAUGAGAUACAGAUGAAGUGAACACUAUUUUAAACGUUUAUUUAAUUGUAUUUAUUAGUGGUACAAAAAGAUAGGAAGAAUGGUGGUCAGCUGGCUCUGAACAUGGCCUUAUUUGUCUGGAUAUAGCUGUGACCUUUUGAUUCUCAGCACAGUAGAAAUAUAUGUAAUUCUUUAAUGAGGGAAGGUACCGUUCUAGUUGACUUGGAGUAAGUGGUUCAGGAAGGGGUUUUUGGGUGUAAAACAAGCAGAAAUUUAGAGGACUCUUCUUGUAUCCUCCACAUUUUCACGAUUGGCUGUCAAUACAAAAGGGUACUUUUUUAUUUGGCUUGAUGUGAAAUGGCAAAACAUCCUGCAACUUUGAUGUGGUAGAGAUUUGUAGAAGGCAGAAUAUUUUCCAUUGUUAUCAUAGACUUCCACAGACAGGCAAGGGGUGGUAUGUAUGUGGAAGAACAAAUGGAUAUGUUCUUCACACUGACUGAAAAGCGGAUUAUGGAUUCAGAUAAUAGAAAAGUUGACACCUACCUUGUAUUUAGGCAAGGCAUUUUCAAGGUAUUUCUGCAACCCCUUUUCUUCCAUAGAAAGAGUGCAAGUGUUACUAGAAUACACGGAGUCUGCAUAGUAAUCUGUCAGCGUAUUGAGCUCUGCUUUAUUUGGAAGUAAUUUGCUAUUUGUAGCUGCAUAUAGCGCUCUGUCUUACAGAUUUUGUCUGCUUGGAAGGAAAUGUGUUUGGGGAGUUAAAUAUGUUAUUCUGUUGUCCCUUUCUGUAGGAAGCAGAAUGGUUAAGGGAAAACAGUCAAAAUACCUAGGAGCUACGUAACCAGUUAUAUCCCAGGUCUAGUGUCAGUUAAGUACUUAUUGAUGUUGCUGGGGAGAAGGCUUUUUGGUCUAUCUUUUGAUAAGAUGAGACAACAAAACAUCUGAGAAAGGACUUUGAAAGUGUUGCAUACAUUGAAUUACAUCUUCUGUUGUCGAUUCUCUUUGCUUCCAGAACUGUUUGAUGUGCUUCUGUACACAUAUCUUAUUAAAAUGUAUUGGUUGCUGAAAUGUCUCUGGGUCAAUAGAACAGAGGAAUAGGUGUGGAAUGCUUUCUGACCGCGAACAGUCAGCUGUGCUAAUCUGGGCCUUGGCUGGAUGAAGACAAAGAGUUAACGUCUAGCAUAGAUUUUGCUGGUCUGUAUAUUUUUAUUGUGAUAUAUGCAGUAGUAGCAGAAGUCUUUGUCAAAUAGCAUCCUGUGGAGCUGUCACUAGAAAGUGCAGUUGCUUUUGAACAACAGUGAAUUUUUAAAUUUCCCUUAUCAUGUAAUGCUUUGUAUUUUCCAAAGUAUAGGCACUGUAUUAUGUUAAUCUGUUUCUUUGAGUGUAGUAAAAUAAAUACAGUUUUCCAAACCAGAACUGAAUUUUUGUCUUAGCCAAAGUACGAUAAAAUUGAGGUAUUUUAUUCAGGAAAGGAAAAGAAAUGGAGUUUUAAUAAAAGUCAUUGGAUAUCUUUUUCCAAUAAAAUAGUGUAAUCAGAAAAGACAAUUUAUCACAUUCAUAAAAUUUUCUGGGAUAUAUGUUAAUUUCCAGAAUUUAUUGGGAUGAUUCUUCUUGUACAAAAUAGCUUUUGGCGUUAGAGAGGGAGGGAAAAUCUGUAUUAUAUUAGCCAGUAACCCAGUUGUUGCUUCCUCUUGGUCAGUCGCACAUUUUUUUCUAUGCGCGUUUUCUGUUAAUGGUGGAUGCAGUGAUACUACUGAGCUUCCUUGAUGCUUAGUUUAUCUGUGUCAUAAAAUACUUGUGUUUUGGGGAGAAAGGAGGUGGAGAGCUGACGACUGUACACAAUUGACUAAACGGAAAGGUGCCAUGAAGCAGAGGGAAGACUGAGCAGUAGCUGUAUACACGGGUAUCCUUUCUACUCUGCCUUAUCAACAUAGUAGGAGGCCAAGAGUCAAGAUGACUGUUACAGUUGUACCAUAGAAUCACAGAAUCACUAGGUUGGAAGGGACCCACUGGGUCAUCGAGUCCAACCAUUCCUAACACUCCCUAAACCAUGCUUCUCAGCACUUCGUCCACCCAUCCCGAAUGGGAAUGUCACAUUGAUUGUUUCUUCCACUGUUAGUAUUUUCACGUCACAUAAGAAGUGUGGUUUACCCAAGGGUGCAUGUUCAGUUUCUCUUCCCUGCUACUACUGUGCAAAGCACUGUAUGAUAGUUUUUAUUAUUCUUUGGAUUCUGUCUAUUCGGUGGCAUUGUGAUUUAAGCAUGAAGCCUGUGUAGUGUCUUGGUAUGCUUGUGUGUAUAUUUUCCCAUCCCUCUAACGAACAUGAGGCCAACAGAAAAAAAACAAAUGUUAUGGCUACUUUCCCACCCAUCUUUACCAUAGAGUGUGGGAGGACAGGGCAAAUGUAAUGUGAUGUACGAAUGCUUGUCCAUGCCUGAAUGGAAAUAAAUGUUUGUUUACUGGAUUGCAAAUAUGGAAACUUUAUCAGUGAGAGAACUAGGCAGAAAGA